AAACACAUAAAAUAAUUAUUGUAGCCCAUCUUUCAGGUUAGAAGACUGAAAACAAAUUAUAUUGUGCAUGUAAUGUCACAUGAUCUACUUUGCCUUCUAGGGCUAUGUAGAAGGUGUGUCUAUGAAUGAGAUUUGACUCAUGAGGAGUCAGAAACACCAGUAGUUUAGUCAUAGAGAGGAAGCAGGUUACUUUUUCAGCUUUUUCUUGAUAUAAUCAGUUGAAUUUCUGACAACAAAAAACAACAACAACGAAAAAAUGUUGGAAAAUACAGAAGAGGAUAUGGAUACAUCUGACACUCCUGGGUGCUGGUAUUACAUGGCUGACUGUGGACAGUGCAGCCAGUUUGAGAAACAACAACAAAAAAUGGGGGAAAAUACAGAAGAGGAUAUGGAUACAUCUGACACCCCUUGCUGGUGGUAUUACCUGGCCGACUGUGGACAUUGGCACCAGUUUGAGGAUGACCACAAUCUCACCUUUAGCAGUGAGGAUGUUGACACGUUUUACCUGAAAAACUCCAAGGAUAUUUUAAACACAUCUUCUUUCAGUUACAGGGGCCAGAUUGAUUUCUCUGAAAUGCUACUGACAGACCUCACCACAGGGAGGCAAAAAAGAAUCAAGAGGAGCUGCAACACUGAAAAAAGGUGUUCCUGUUUCAGCCUCCCUUCCUGGGAAUCGUUUGAUCCCGAAUUGCCAUACCAGUUAAUCCCUCUGAGUGAACACUCCCCCGAGUUUCGGAAAGUGGAAGAAUAUGUAAAGACCGUUGGGCUGUUGGGCAAAACCAUUCUGUCAAUCAACAGGAUACAGAAUUUGGAUCUUUGGGAAUUAUAUUGCAGGAAAAAGAAACAGCUGAUGAGGAUUCAAGGCAUCAAAGAAAUUCAAGAGAAACAACUCUUUCAUGGGACUGAUAUUAAAAAUGUGGAUUAUAUUUGCAAGUAUAACUUUGAUGUACGGUUAGCUGGACAACAUGCCCACGUAUUUGGCAAAGGAAUUUAUUUUGCCAAACAUGCAGCAUUAGCCGACGUAUACAGUAAGAGCAGCUUGGAACCACUGCCAGUUUAUGGUGGGAAAGCACAACUUGUACACUCUGGAGAAACUAAAAUUAUAUUUUUGGCUCGGGUGAUGACUGGAAAACCAGUUGCUGGACUAUCUCAUUUCCAAAAACCCGAUCAUGGGAGUCCUGAAAACUUGCAUGACAGCUGUGUUGAUGAUGUCUCUCAUCCUAAUAUUUUUGUCAUUUUUGAUCCAAAUCAAAUAUAUCCGGAGUAUGUGAUUCAGUACAGCUGAGCGCAACAUGUGCAAGAUCAACAUGGCUACCUCAAACGAUACAUUUCAAGCACAACUCCUGAUGGCUUCGAUGAAGUUUUUACAGCAUUUGUACUACAUUUUAAACAUUUUUAGAAAAGUUUCCAGUAAACUAGGUCGUUUUCAGCAAGAUAAUCUGUCAGCAAAGUUAUCGUUACAUUUCCUUACUUUGGAUCAGAAGUACCAAUAAAAAUGAGUUUACUUACCAGGUGCUACUGCUUAGUAUUAGAAUAGUUGAAUAUAAUACUUGUGGUCAUGUAAUGUAGAUUCCCAUCUAAUUUAUUUCUAUUUAAUUUAGUAAUAAUAUAGCUUCAUAAAUAAAUAAAUACGUCAGCAGAACCAAAUCAAAGUCUGCAUGUGUGUUUAUUCCUGUUCUAAUGUUUAUGUUUGUAUUUGUGCUGGACAUAACAUUCACACGCAUUUUAAAAUAACA